AUGAAGGGUUCGACAGGAAAACUAAUAUCAAUAGAAGAUUUAGAACGGCCUUUCAUUGAAGGUGAAGGUACCACAAUCACUUUGAGAAAAGUUGCAGGAGUAAACUAUCAACAAAUUAAAGGGCCAAAAUUAUAAGACAUACCUGAAAGCCAGGAGCCAGAGGAUGAUGAUGACGAUGACUUUGAAAAAAUAUAAGAGACUUAAAAACCAGCUGCUGGUAUUUAAAUGGAUAUAUAUAAAACUAGUUUUAGCAAGAACACUCAAAAUUCUACAUAGAUUAGCACAAAUCUAAGUAGCUUUAGUUCUCUUGCAGCAAAAAUUUCACAACAAGAUAAGAAUAUAUAUAUUUAGUAACCGGAAGACCAUUUAAAACUCUAUGUGAUGAUAUAAAACAAUACUGUCCUAGCAUUAAGUGAUAUUAUUGAAUAAUUCAAAGAUGAUUUCAAGCAUAAUCUAAAGGAAUUAUAUGAGAUGGCAGCAUAAAAUUAAACUCUAGCUUUAGUUGAUUAUGAAAACUAUCACAAUGAUGAAAGAACUCCUUCAGCUAAGAUGCUUGAGGAAUAUCUAAAAUUUAGAUCAAAAAAGUAUCAAAAUAUAAUAGAGAUAAAUGAACUCGCUUAAGGAGCUGAAGCCAUCGUUUUUAGAUUAGAACAUCAUGAAAUUGAUGAAGUUGUUGUCAAAACCAAUAAAGUAUUUGAUUUAUCUUAAAAUCAGGAGUUUUUCUAGCAGCCUUUUAUUGACUUUAUGAGAGAGACCUUAUCUUUGAAACUUCUCCAAAACAAAAACUAUAUUGCUGAGGUCCGAGAAGAAAUAAUCGAAUUCGAUUUGAAAAGCAAACAGAUAUCAAGGUAUUGCGUAGUAGUUGAAAAAGCUUAGAGAACUUUAGAUGAUCUAUUAAAAAUUUGGAAUAAUCCUGACUAAUCAGAGAAGUAUGUUGAGGCUUACAGUCCUGAAAAGCUAGCUUACUUUUUUUACUAAGCUUUGAGUAUUAUUAAGUAUCUGCACAGUAAAAAUUUCUAUUAUGGCGAUAUGAAGCCUUAAAAUCUACUUAUAUUCAGAAAUUAAAAGGUUAAAGUUGGGGAUCUUGGUAUAUCUUUCAAACUUGAUUCCAAAAUUUAAGCUGAUGAGCAUGCUUAUUAAUUAAAAGGACUUACAAAAAAUUUUGCAACUGAAAUAACAUACUAGGCCAUGAGAAAAGGAAAAUUAUAAUCAAAAGACUAACUCUUUGAAGCAGAUAGAUAUAGUCUCAUUAGAGUGUUUUAACAUUCUAUCAAUUAAGUUAAGAGUUUACAUAGUAAAUAAGAAAGUAAAUAUAAGUAACUCCCAUAAUAGAUAAUGGAUGACAUGAUACAAUUAAACUCAAUUUCAUCUGUUCAUUAAAAAUAUUAGAUUUAUUUCAGAGAAAAUGACGAAUUUGUAACUACACUAUUUUAAUAGAUGAAGAAUGAGUUUAAAUUUGAUGCUAUUAAAGUAAUAUCAAGAAUAUCUAGAUAUUCAGAGAUAUUUGAGAAUAAAGUUUUCAAGAUAAUCAGGAAAAUUUCUGAAAAUUCACUAAGAAAAUAAUAUGAAAAUUAAAAUAUUGAAAAAUUAGAGAAACAUGAGACAAUAGAAGAUGAAUAAAAUGAUCUGGCUAACAAUUUAUAGUUUAGAUAGUAGCUUUGUGACGUCCUUUAAUCUUAGAAGAACCUCAAAGAUUAUCUUGGAUAUCCUAUCUUAGAAAAUAAGGAACUUAUCUUGUCUAUUGAGUCAUAUCUCCAUAUGAAUAAUCCUUAAUAAAAUGGUAUUUUAGGUACUUUUGAUUGCUUUGAAAUUACUGAUAAUAUACUUGCUUGCAGCUACUUUUAAUAAAGAAAUACCUAGGCUUUUGAUUAAUACAUCAGAUUUAUAGAGUAUACUGUAAAUGAUCUUAAAUAAAUAUAUAAUAUCACUGAUAAACUUGCCAGUUUUAUUAAAAAUUACAAGAAUAAAAAUAGUUUUGUAAAAAAUGAUAUGCUAGAAAUCGGAUAUGACUUCUAUAUUAGAUUGAUGAUUAAGUUGUUUACAAGUAAUUCAGAAGACAAAUAUUGA